AAUUAAUGGAAAAUCUUCCAUUUUGCUAAACUUUAAAUUUUCUUCGGAGUGAUAACUCAGAAUUAAUUUGCGGUUCUUGUCUUCUGGAAUUAGCUAAAACAUAAAAGGAUUUUAAAAUUCAUUAAAUCAUAGAUCUAGAAUAAGUAAAUUAUAUAUAUUUUAGAUUCGUGAUCAUCCAGACUAGGUAUUUCAAUUCACCAACGUACUCAAAUUCUUACCAAUAGAAGAAUCUUAGAUUACUAAGUUUUUUGAAGAUUAAAAAUAAUAGCUAAAUGGAGUAAUAUAAAUAAUUGAAUAAUUAAUUAAUUAUUAUGAAUCAAUGAAGCAAGAUUAUUUUUAAUAAUGGACAACAAAUUUUUGUAAUGUAUUUCAAUAGAGUGAUAUUAGAUUAUUAAAUAUGAUGAAUUCAAAUAAAUAUUAAAAAAUCUGUAUAGUUAUGAUAAAAAUGGUUAGGCUGAGUCAAUUCAAUAGGCACAAAAAUAAUUUUAAAAUUAUUUUAAUUAAAUAAGGAUCAUUGAUUUAGGAGUUAGUUAAAAAGAUCUUUUAAAUUUGCAAGAACUUCAUAAAUAUAUAUAUAAUAAGUAUUAUGAGAAGAUAUAUCUAGAACACAUUCAAAUGAAUUAUUUUAAGAAAUAAUUAAUGCAAUAGCCAAAACUUCAGAAAAUCACAAGGUAUUUUUCAAAUUUGGAGAGAGUGGAUUCUUUUAUGAUUUGAUAAAAACGAUAUAAGAAAAAGUUAAGAAAAAUUUACAAACAAACAAAAAAAUUUAUCAUAGUAUAGAGCAUGGGCUAAAUUAUUAAUUAAUUAAAAAUAAGAUUAUUGGAGAGGAAAAUUUGCUCUGGUACUUUAAAUCAUCGAACAAAAAUGGCUAAGUAUUUGGUGGGUUUACUCCCUAUAAAUGGUAGAUAGGAUAUUCUGGUCUCUGUUAAGAAAAUCCCUCUUUUUUAUUUUCAUAAACUUUAAGGGAAAUUUAUCCGAUAAAAUAAUAAAUGGGAUCUUAUACCUAAUAUUUUACAGAUGAAUAUCUAUUAUUUGGAGGUACUAGUAACUGUGAUUAAGACUUGAGAAUAAACCCAGAUUUUAAAUCAGGAUACUCUAGAUUAGGUAUUGUAUACAACUCUCCUGAUGGAAUUGAUACGUCAAAAUAUUCAUCCUAUUUAAUGGGGGCUCUAGAGCCAAAUGUUUAGGAAUGCGAAAUAUAUCAAAUGACUUUUGAAUGA